CUUCUUCAUUCAUAUCUUUCAAUUCGGCUCCGAGAGUGAGAAAUAGAGGGACUGAGAGAGAAGAACGGAACCAUUGAUUGAUCCCAUACGCCCCAUCUUAUGAUAAAGACUUGCCCUCUCCUCUUGGCCCCAAUAAUUUUCUGCAGUCGCCACCCAUAAAGAUCUCACCCUAUCGAUCUCCGUCAAUCCCUCACCGUUCGGCUCUCUGAGAUCGAAUCAAAAGGAAAAGGAAAAUGCAGCAGCUUUUGUUCGCGGUGAUAUUCUCAGAGAUGGGUCUGAUAUUGGUGAUGCUUUUCAAGACGCCGUUGAGGAAGCUGGUGAUCGUGGGCUUGGACCGCCUCAAGCGCGGCCGUGGACCCGUCAUGGUCAAGACCGUGGCGGCCACGGUCUUUGUGGUGCUCAUGUCCAGCGUCUACAGCAUGACCAAGAUCCAGAAGCGUUGGAUCGAAGAGGGUGCGCUCAAUCCCACAGAUCAGGUCCUCAUGGCCAAGCACCUCCUGGAAGCCACUCUUAUGGGGUCCUCCCUAUUCCUUGGGCUGAUGAUAGACAGACUACACCAUUAUAUCAGAGAACUCCGGAUACGAAGGAAGAGCAUGGAGGCUGUUAAGAAACAGACCCGAGGACCUGAAGAUGGGAAAGCUGGAGGGUCAGAGGAAAUCAAAGCCUUGCAGGGAGAGACAGCCACAUUGCAAGCAAAACUCAAGGAGCUGGAAUCAGAGCUUGAAACAAGGACAAAAGAAGUACAUGCUGCAGAUGCCAAUGCAGUUGCACUAAGAAAGCAAUCUGAAGGGUUCCUUCUUGAGUAUGAUCGCUUACUUGAGGAAAACCAGAAUCUCAGGAAUCAAUUGCAAUCACUGGACAGGAGAUUGUCACAUUCUGGUAGCAAGAAGAAUACUUAAGCGAACACAUUCUGGUAGCUAUUCUUUUAAAGUUCUCUUUUCAUUUUUCAUGGUGGUUGUUCAGUUCCAUGAUGGAUUGGUUAAUUACAAAAGGAGAAAAAACAAAUAGGGUUUUCAGUUGUGUGUUUGACUUAUGUAGAGCUGAAGUGCUGAAGUAGAAUGGAUCGAUUUUGUCUCGACAAAUUGUCUUAAGUUAUUAGGGUAAUAAUAGUUGAGAUAUUCACUACUGAUUUUGAUUUUUUUUAUAUGAAUACAUAUAGUUUUCCUUGUUAGAUGUGAGAAGCGAUGGACAUCAAUGCCAAGAAAUAGUGUUUGUUGAUUGAUAA